CCGAGACAUGGCGACCAAUGGCAGCAAGAUGGCUGAUGGGCAGAUCUCCACGGAGGUCAGCGAGGCCCCCGUGGCCAAUGACAAGCCCAAAACUCUGGUGGUCAAGGUGCAGAAGAAGGCGGCGGACCUUCCGGACCGGGACACAUGGAAGGGCCGCUUUGACUUCCUCAUGUCCUGUGUGGGCUACGCCAUUGGCCUGGGCAACGUCUGGAGAUUCCCCUAUCUCUGCGGCAAAAACGGUGGUGGGGCCUUCCUGAUCCCCUACUUCCUGACACUCAUCUUUGCGGGGGUCCCACUCUUCCUGCUGGAGUGCUCCCUGGGCCAGUACACGUCCAUCGGGGGCCUGGGGGUGUGGAAGCUGGCCCCCAUGUUCAAGGGUGUGGGCCUUGCCGCUGCCGUGCUGUCAUUCUGGCUGAACAUCUACUACAUCGUUAUCAUCUCCUGGGCCAUCUACUACUUGUACAAUUCCUUCACCACAACGCUGCCGUGGAAACAGUGUGACAACCCCUGGAACACGGACCGCUGCUUCUCCAACUACAGCAUCGUCAACACCACCAACAUGACCAGUGCCGUGGUCGAGUUCUGGGAGCGGAACAUGCAUCAGAUGACAGACGGGCUGGAUAAGCCAGGACAGAUCCGCUGGCCUCUGGCCAUCACCCUGGCCAUCGCCUGGAUCCUUGUGUAUUUCUGUAUCUGGAAGGGUGUUGGCUGGACUGGAAAGGUGGUUUACUUCUCUGCCACUUACCCGUACAUCAUGCUGAUCAUCCUGUUCUUCCGUGGAGUUACGCUGCCUGGGGCCAAGGAGGGCAUCCUCUUCUACAUCACACCCAACUUCCGCAAGCUGUCUGACUCUGAGGUGUGGCUGGAUGCGGCAACCCAGAUCUUCUUCUCCUACGGACUGGGCCUGGGAUCCCUGAUCGCUCUUGGGAGCUAUAACUCUUUCCACAACAAUGUCUACAGGGACUCCAUCAUUGUCUGCUGUAUCAAUUCCUGCACCAGUAUGUUCGCGGGAUUUGUCAUUUUCUCCAUCGUGGGCUUCAUGGCCCAUGUCACCAAGAGGUCCAUUGCUGAUGUGGCGGCCUCAGGCCCUGGAUUGGCGUUCCUGGCGUACCCAGAGGCGGUGACCCAGCUCCCCAUCUCUCCCCUCUGGGCCAUCCUCUUCUUCUCGAUGCUGCUGAUGCUGGGCAUUGACAGCCAGUUCUGCACCGUGGAGGGCUUUAUCACGGCCCUGGUGGAUGAGUACCCCAGGCUCCUCCGCAACCGCAGGGAGCUCUUCAUUGCGGCUGUCUGCAUCGUCUCCUACCUGAUCGGCCUCUCCAACAUCACCCAGGGGGGCAUCUAUGUCUUCAAACUGUUUGAUUACUACUCUGCAAGCGGCAUGAGCCUGCUGUUCCUCGUGUUCUUCGAAUGUGUCUCCAUUUCCUGGUUUUACGGUGUUAACCGAUUCUAUGACAACAUCCAAGAGAUGGUUGGCUCCAGGCCCUGCAUCUGGUGGAAACUCUGCUGGUCCUUCUUCACCCCAAUCAUUGUAGCGGGUGUGUUCAUUUUCAGUGCUGUGCAGAUGACUCCUCUCACCAUGGGAAACUACAUUUUCCCCAAGUGGGGCCAGGGCGUGGGCUGGCUCAUGGCUCUGUCUUCCAUGGUCCUCAUCCCUGGGUACAUGGCCUACAUGUUCCUCACCUUAAAGGGCUCCCUGAAGCAGCGCAUCCAGGUCAUGAUCCAGCCCAGCGAAGACAUCGUUCGCCCAGAGAACGGUCCGGAGCAGCCCCAGGCCAGCGGCUCAGCCAGCAAAGAGGCCUACAUCUAGGGGUGUCUGGCGGCUUGCCGACCCGACACUCUCACCCCCCAACCUGGCUGAACAUGACCACCACUUGAUGUCUGAAGAUACCGUCGAUCUCAACCUACCUCGAGUGGCGAGUCCAGACACCAUCACCAUGCAAAGAGAGGGGAGGUGGGGGACAGUCACCCCCGGUGGGCUCCGCCCUGGGCAAAGAUACCCGAUGGCUCCAGCACCUGCGCGCUGGUGACCUUUUGAAUCCGGGCCCCAUAAGCAUCAAGCAAUCAGCCUCUGUGACUGUGCGAUAGAUCAUUUUUAUCCUGCCAGCGAGUGUGAUGCGGUGAGGCCACACACUCGUGGCUUUUAGUCAUAUUCCUGACUGUUCUCUUACUGCCGAAACUCAUGACUCUUAUCUCAGACUUUGCCGGAGUUCGGUUCCGUCGGAACGCUGCUCUGAACACAUGAAAAGGGCAUUCUGUAUAAUGGGGAUUUCCAGGGAGAGCUCACUCUUAAGUAGCAGGGAGCCCGCGGAGCUCUGACUUUCAUUUUUUGUUGUUGUUGUUAUUUUUGUUUAU